AUUAACAUCGAGAAUAUAAUAUUACGAUUACCAAACAAAUAUAUAUUCUCGUUUAUUAUUUUUAGUACGUAUUAUAAUAAACUACUCAGGAUACAAGACAAAAAACAUAUUUCUUUAUAUAUCUCUCCAUAAACGGUUGCUCAAAAUCCUCUUCUUGAAAUGGCUAAGCCUACUUCUCCCAUCUUCUUCUUCCUCCUCGUUAUCCUAUCAUCAACCCUACUCUCGGUCAAACCCAACACAACCAUAAUUGAAACAACUUGCAAAACCACAAGCUACUAUGCCCUCUGCGUCUCAGCUCUCAAAUCCGACCCAAGAAGCCCCACAGCCGACACAAAAGGCCUAGCAGCCAUUAUGGUUGGCGUUGGUGUGAAGAACGCCACAGCAACCGCCACUUACAUCACUGGGAACCUAACCUCCGCCGCAAACGACACCGUCCUCAAGAAGGUCUUAAAAGAUUGUUCCGAGAAGUAUACUCUCGCAGCUGAUUCUCUCCGGCUAACGAUACAAGAUCUUGAUGAUGAAGCUUAUGACUAUGCUUACAUGCAUGUGUUGGCGGCGGAGGAUUAUCCUAACGUUUGCCGGAAUAUUUUUCGGCGAGCUAAAGGUUUGGUUUAUCCGGCGGAGAUUCGCCGGCGUGAAGUGAGUUUGAGACGUAUAUGUGGUGUUGUCUCCGGGAUUCUUGAUCGGCUUGCUGAAUAAUUACUGUUGUACUAUUUUUCUUUUUAAAGAUCUUUGCUAAAAUGGCAAAAUCUCUAUUUACAAUCGAGCUUAUGGUAAUUAUAAAUCUCUACUAAAUUUGGAAUCUGUAAGUUUUAAUACAUUUACUUACUCGUUUAAUGCAUUUGCUUUAAACAGAGCAAUGUUUAAGAAAUCAUUAUCUGAAUAUUGAGAUGAUUUAUUUA